AUGGCCACCGCCAACGCCGAUAAACUCUCCAACCUUCAAUCCGCCACCGCUGCAUUGUCCCAAAUCAGCGAAAACGAAAAGAACGGAUUCAUCAACCUCGUCGCUCGUUAUCUCAGUGGAGAAGCACAGCAUGUUGAAUGGAGUAAGAUCCAGACACCUACUGAUGAAGUAGUUGUGCCUUAUGACAGUUUGGCACCAACUCCUGAGGGUUCUUCAGAUGUGAAGAACCUCUUGGACAAGCUUGUAGUUUUGAAGCUUAAUGGAGGAUUGGGGACAACUAUGGGCUGCACUGGUCCAAAAUCUGUCAUUGAAGUUCGUGAUGGGUUGACAUUUCUUGAUUUAAUUGUCAUCCAGAUUGAGAAUCUCAAUUCCAAAUAUGGAAGCAGUGUUCCAUUGCUUUUGAUGAACUCAUUCAACACUCAUGAUGACACUCAAAAGAUUGUUGAAAAAUAUACAAACUCGAAUGUUGAGAUCCAUACCUUUAACCAGAGCCAAUAUCCUCGUUUAGUUGUUGAUGACUUCUUGCCACUUCCAUCCAAAGGGCAGACUGGAAAGGACGGCUGGUACCCUCCUGGCCAUGGAGAUGUCUUCUCAUCACUAAUGAACAGUGGAAAGCUCGAUGCACUAUUAUCACAGGGUAAGGAGUAUGUGUUCGUUGCCAAUUCAGAUAACUUGGGUGCCCUAGUUGAUUUGAAAAUCUUAAAUCAUUUGAUCCAGAAUAAGAACGAAUACUGUAUGGAGGUGACUCCCAAGACAUUGGCUGAUGUGAAAGGUGGCACUCUUAUUUCUUAUGAAGGAAGGGUUCAGCUCCUGGAAAUUGCCCAAGUCCCAGAUGAACAUGUCAGUGAAUUUAAGUCGAUAGAGAAGUUCAAAAUUUUCAAUACAAAUAACUUAUGGGUGAACUUAAAAGCAAUUAAAAGGCUUGUUGAGGCUGAUGCUCUGAAGAUGGAGAUUAUUCCCAAUCCUAAGGAAGUUGAUGGAGUAAAAGUUCUUCAGUUGGAAACAGCAGCUGGUGCAGCUAUUAAGUUCUUUGAUAAGGCUAUUGGAAUUAAUGUUCCUCGAUCCCGCUUCCUUCCGGUGAAGGCAACUUCAGAUUUGCUUCUUGUUCAGUCAGACCUUUACACUUUACAAGAUGGAUUUGUUGUUAGGAACCAAGCUAGGGCAAAUCCUGAAAACCCCUCUAUUGAAUUAGGGCCGGAAUAUAAGAAGGUUAGCAGCUUCUUGGGAAGGUUCAAGUCAAUUCCCAGUAUUGUUGAGCUUGACAGUCUAAAAGUGGCAGGCGAUGUAUGGUUUGGAGCUGGUGUUACCCUUAAGGGAAAAGUAAGUAUUGUUGCAGAACCUGGUGUAAAGCUGGAAAUACCUGACGGGACUGUGCUUGCAAACAAGGAAAUUAAUGGCCCCGAGGAUCUGUGA